UGGUGAUCGUCCCAUCUCGGCGAGAUCUUGGAGGUUGACUUGUCCUGCCUCCCCGGAAAUUAUGAGUACGUGAUUCUUUUUAAUCAGUUUCUCUCUCUGUAUAUGGCUUGAUCAUUACUUUGGGUUGGUGAUGGAUACGGUGAUGGAACAAACAAGGAGUAGGGCUAAAUAUUGGAAGUUGGGCGUUGUUAUGCUUCCUUACUUCAGCAGGGCAGUCUAGUCAUUCCAAAGUAAGCAGGAAUAGAUAGAUCUGCCCUGCUCGCGGCAGAACUGCAAUUCCAACCGCAGAAGAGAAAAGGAAUGUUUUACUAUGUCCUUCCGACAUGAUGCUUUUUGUGCAUAUAUAUAACAUGUGUCCUUUCAAAUAUUUCUCCUUUUGUUUCUUUGUGGUCCAAGUGGAAAUUGAACCUAUAUCUUGAAGAUGCAGAGUUCUAUGAUGUUGGAACCGAACCGAUCCUCACCAUCGAAAAGGGAAAGUUAGGACCAAGUAGAAACUGAACCUAUAUCUAGAAGUUGGAGAGUUCUAUGAUAUUGGAACUGAACCUAUCCUCACCAUCAAAAAGGGCGAGUUUGGUAGUGCAUGAAUCCUGCUGGUGGUACUAAUGUCUUUCGGGGUCCAAUAUUCCUGCAUAUUCAGGCAUCUCGAUGUUUAUCUAUGGAAACUAUAAGCCUCGAAGGUUGGAGGACUUCUUGACAUCGUAGCUGAUGUAACAAACCCUGAUAUCAUCAAUCAAAGAGUGUAUGCUAAAGCAUUGGUUUGCAGGGUCACUACCCAGAAGUUUGUUGAAACCUUUUCUCUCAAACUGCCGGUUUCACUCGGCUCAUCUGCUUGCUAGAUUUUUCCUUUUGCCGAGUUUCAACAAUCUGCUAGCUUGCUGGAAAUCUUUUGGUUGGUGAUGGUCCCAUCUCUGGGACAUCUUGGAGGUUGACCUGCCCUGCCCUGCCCCUGCGGAAAUUGUGAGUCCAAGUGGAAACUGUACCUAUAUCUAGAAGUUGGAGAGUUCUAUGAUUUUGGAACUGAACCUACCCUCACCAUUGAAAGGGGCAAGCUCAGUACUGCAUCAACCUAGCUUCUGCCAUUGCUAAUGUCUUUCCGGGUCCUAUAUUUUUGCAUAUUCAGGCUUCUUGAUGCUUAUCUAUAGAAACUAUAAGCCUCGAAGGUUUGUAGCUGAUGUUGUGCAUCCUGAUAUCGUCAGUCGAAGAGCGUAUGCUGAAGGUGAGGGGAGGUCUACCCAGUCACUGAUGAAUGGUGAUGGAACAAGGAUGACAGGGGACUAAGUAGUAGUGGAUUUGAUUUUCAUUGUUUGAUCCAUCCAUUUUCACUGGGGAACUUUUUACAGUGAGUCAGUUCUGAGAUCACGCUUUUAAGAUAUUUCUAAGCCUUUGGGAUAAGAAAAGUUAGCAAGGCUUUUCCCACAUUGCUGCUCCGCUAUUGCCAGUCUUCAUUCAUCAAUAGUAGAUUGCUGAAGCUGCCCGACUGUCAGUAGCUAGAAUGGGUAAACCAAGAGACCCGUUCUGGGGUCACGUCAAAGUCACAUCAAAUGAAGGUGACUCAUGUCGUUGGGAGUGUGUGUUCUGUGGUGGAAAAUUCUCCGGGGGAGCUUCCCGGAUAAAGGCACAUUUGGGUAAUGUUGAAGGCCAAGGAAUUAAAGUUUGUGAAAAGGUUAACGAAGCAACGAAGAAAAAAGCUUUUGAAGCAACGACAAAGAGAAGAAGGCUAGAGACUGGAACCAGUUCAGCUCAAGUGAACACACAGCCACAGUUGUCAGAUUUGCCGAAUCCUUUGCCAUUUUUUGACCAAAGCAACCACAAUGCACCACUGCGGGGGAAUCCUAACGCAGUGGGCCUGCGUCGACAAUUUCCACCAAAUGUAUUACAAGAAGUUUGCGGUGAAACAGAGGGGGAAGGUCCAUCAAAUGCUCCAGAGCACAUCGAUAACCGAAGUAUUAGGCCAUGCUCAGUCUUUCACACGGGCGAAGGUGAUCAAUUGAGGAAUCCUCCAGAAGCCAUCCCAUCGGGCAUGCCAACUUUGUCAGAAUCUCACGUCAGUUCUAUGAUACGUGAUCUACACGUUGAAACCGAUAGACCAGAGAACUCAAGAAUGUCUAUUCCUUUAGUUUGGGAGAAUCCAGUAUGAAUUUAUUACAAGAAGUUUGCGGUGAAAGGGAGGUGGAAGGUCCAUCAAAUGCUCCAGAGCACAUCAAUAACCGAAGUAUUAUGCCCAUCAGUUCUGUGAUACGUGGUCUACAGGUUGAAACCGAUAGACCAGAGAACUCAAGAAUGUCAUUGCCAGCUGGUCAGUCCUUUCAUUUGCCAGAGGAGGGAAACCAAGAUCCAUCCGAUGAGGUUGUUGGAUCCAGUGCUACACCAAUCUUGCAGCCUUCUACUGGGCCAGCUGGCGGAGCACGAGAUGCAGUAGGUGGAACUUUCAAAGUACGAGAGUUAGUGGGGCAGGAGUCUCAGAGAAUCGUGGAUGAGAUUUGGGAUUGCUUAACGAAAAAUAAUAUUUCACGCAUUGGUGUCUAUGGAAUGGCCGGAGUGGGCAAAACAACGGUCCUAAAGCACCUUCGUAACAAAACCCAUGAGAGUGCAGCUUUUCGUGGUGUAUUUUGGGUUACCGUAUCAAAAGAUUGCACCAUCCAUGAGCUGCAAAAUAAGAUAGCAGAAAGAACUAAGGCUCAAGACCUUUUCAAGGGUAAAGAUGAUGCGGAAAGGUCAACUCUGUUGUUCAAUCAUCUGAGAGAGAAAAAGAAUACUCUAAUGAUUCUAGACGAUAUGUGGCAGCAUUUUGAGCUCCUAGAGGUGGGAAUGCCGGAGGAUGGCAUUCAGCUCGUCUUGACAACUCGAGAUCGUGCUGUUUGUCAGGAGAUGUUGUGUCAAAAGGAAAUCAAGGUUGAUCCCCUGCCUUAUAAUGACGCAUGGACUAUGUUUGUAGAUACACUUGGUUCUAAUCUAUCUCCUAGUCGGGAACGUAUUGCGAGGUGUAUUGUACAGGAGUGCAAAGGCUUGCCUCUUGCUAUUGUUGUUAUGGCGGGAAGCAUGAGGGGAGUGGACGGUGAUUAUGGAUGGGAAGACACGCUGGAAAAACUAAGACAAUCACAAGCUCUACAACAGGACAUGCGAAGAGGUGUUUUCCCAAUCCUUCAACACAGUUAUAACUGCUUAGAUCCAAAGAAGCAACAAUGUCUUUUACGGUGUGCUCUCUAUCCUGAGGAUGAGGUAAUCAAGAGAGAAGAAUUGAUAGAGUUUUGCAUUGAUGAGGGGGUAAUUCAUGGGGAUAACAGGCGAAAGAUGCACAAUGAAGGCCAUCGAUUAUUAGAUGAACUUGAAAAGGCAUGUCUCCUUGAACCGGAUAAUAAUCGAAAUGUCCCAUAUCGACAGCGGUGGAGGGUGAGGAUGCAUGAUGUGAUUCGAGACAUGGCCAUAUGCAUCAUGAGUGCAGACAAGUCAUGCAUGGUGAAAUCUGGGUUGCAUUUGGAUGAUGUGCCGGAUGAUGAGGAUGAAUGGUUCCCCAAUCUUCAAAGGGUCUCGUUGACGAGGAAUGGCAUAGAAGUAGUUCCAUCCUCCAUAUCACCAAAUUGUCCUCAACUUUCAACUCUGCUGCUAAGUAGCUGUUGGAGACUGCGUGAAAUCUCAGGAUGUUUCUUUGAACGGAUGGGGGGGUUGAAAGUUAUUAAUUUGAGCGAUACUAGCAUCACAAAAGUGCCAGAAUCUAUCACGAACCUAGAAAAGUUGAGGGCACUAAUACUCGACGAAUGCUUUGAAUUAUCUCUUCUUCCUUCCUUGGAGAAGUUGACAUCGUUAAGGAAGUUGGACCUCCAAGGGUGUUCAGAGAUUAAAGAAGUGCCACAUGGUUUGGGGAUGUUGGUUAAUCUUACAUAUCUCAACUUUUCAGGGACAGGAAUUGAGAGGAUUCCAGAUGGAGUAAUCAGUAAGUUACAGAAGCUACAACACCUUAUAGCGGGUGUUGCAGAAGUGAAGGGGGAAGAAGUUGGAAUAUUGAAGAAGUUGGAGUUAAUCCGAUGUCGUUUUCAAAAUGUGAAAGAGCUGAACAAGUACACACAGGCACAUAACAAGACAGGAAGAAACCCCUGCUCGUACAUUAUCUUCAUAGGAGGUCAACAUCAAGUUCCCGAUCAUUUGGAGGAGGAGUUUGAGGAAUUAUGUGAAAGAUUUAGUGAUGUUGAGAAUAUUAGAUUCAUAAUUUUCAACGUAUGGGACGGGAUUGGAGAAACCUGUCAUCUCCCUCCCAAGAGACGUGAAGGAAUUGUGGAUUAAGUAUAACGAUUGGACGUGGAUUAAUAUUUUGGCCAGUUUGACACGUGUUGAAGAACUAGAGGUGCUGCGGAUAAAUGGGAGACAGCCAGAGCUAAUAGGGGGACAGCCACCGCCACCACUGAAGCAUCUGUUAGGGGUGUCGCACCUCACGAGAGUAAGAUUGCUCGAGAUUGCUUAUUGCGAGGAAAUGGAGAGUAUAAUGGGAGCAGAAGCAGUAGCAGGAGAAUCACCUCACGCUUUCUCCCAACUCGAAUCAAUUGAAAUCUUUAAUUGUCCAAAGGUGAAGAAUGUGGUGGAGCAUCAAUUGCUCCCUCGUCUCCAAAAUCUACGGAGGAUUCAAAUUUCGAGUGCCACCAAUAUGGAGGAGAUAAUAGUAAUGCCAUCCCCACAACCAUUUCCCGCAGCCACGUCCGCCCUCCUUCUUACAAAAAUUUGGGUUUACGGAUGUCAUAAGAUGAAGAGGGUGCUAACUCUUUGAGUUAUUCAUGCUCCUCCCCAACCUCCAGAAAAUCACUGUUGAUGAUUGUAAACAGAUGAAGGAAGUGAUAGGCGGCCGCGAAUUAGAGCACGGAGAAAGAGCCAUGGUCGGAAACAACACCACCAGCAGCUUGUUAGUGUCCCCCGAUGUAUCAUCUGCUGGCCAAUCAAGGGCAAGGCAGCUGACCUUAAAAUUGUACCGCCUUGAGGAACUUGAGAGCAUAUGCAGUUGGACUGGACUUCGGGAUCUCAUACAUGUCAUUGAGAUAUGGAAAUGUCCGAAGCUGAAGAGGAUCGAAAUGCUAGAUGGAAUAUUCGCUUCUCCUCCUCCUUCUCUUAAGGAGAUAGUACUAAUUGAUAGAAAUAGAGAAUGGUGGGAAUUUCUGGAGUGGGACCACCCUGAGGCCAAGACUGCCCUGCUGCCUUAUGUCUCCAUCAGAUAACCCCUUUUUGAAAAAUUAAGAUACCUUGUGCUUUUUCUUUUUUCUUUUUUUGCUGGAUGAGAUACUCUGUGCUUUUAUUUGCGUUUCGUGCGAGUAAUAUUGCAUGGAUGAACCUUUUAUUAUUCUCAAUUAUAUAAAUAUUUAAUUAAUUUAAA